AUGUGAAUCCAGUUGGUGCAACAAGAAAUAGAGCUUUUGGUAUUCUUAGAGGAUGUUUAUCUGGACUAACAUUAGAUUGGUUCGAUCGAAAAAUUCUUGGUAAGCGAUGGGAGCUUCAUAAUAUCCUUGCAAAUCAUGAACAAGCCAAUAUAGCUGGUGUUCAAGGACGUACUAUGGCACAGAUGAAUACUAGCAAUAGUUUUAGAAAUCCUUCAAUAGCCCAUACCUAUGCUAAUACUCCUGCUAAUAAUGCUGUAACAAAGAGAGCAGAAGAUACUGCCAUUAAUCGCUUUUUGAGUGACUUACUAAGAAAAAAUCCAGUUAAACACCCUGCCGAUGAAUAUGAUCAUGAUCCUAUAGAAGAUAUUUCAGAUAGUUUAGCAGGAUUAACAUUAAAUAGUGUUAUAAAAACUGCUGUUAGACGUGAGUUGAGAGCAAAGAGCUUUUCUGAUUCACGCAUAGAUUUUUCUGAUUCUAUACGAUCUUUUUUAAUCGAAGCAAUUAGAUCAUGUGAGACAUCUAGUAAGGAGUUUUGGCAGGGACCCACUGCCAAAAUUUCAGCGGAUGAUGGUCUCAGAGGGACCCCCACGAUCUCAGAUGAUUCUUUUGGAGUUGACUCAUCAGGCGCUUCGCAAGACGGUUUAGCAUGA